AUGUCUGAGAUGGCGGACGCGGACCAGACUGUGGUGGACGAGGAGGUCUUCAUAUUCGUCUGUGAAGACCCGCGGCGGUGUUGGCUACUCCACCAGCAGCUGAGGUAUAACCCGAAUCGCGUGAUCGUCAAGAAUCUGGUCCUUUUGGUCGACGGCAGACCCGAUACUGUCCUGGAUUUGAGUCCAGGCAACUUAGAGGCCGUCAAGAAGAACGUGUUUGUGAUCAAAGAGGGCAUUCAGUACCGCAUAGCGUAUCUGAAGCACCAGGUUCACCUCUUCUACAACGUUUACCACCCGUCAAUACGCGGGUUUUGCCUCAUCCAGUCGUACACGAGUCCCAUGGAGGAGAUGCCGACGGGGCUACUGGCGAGGGGCACGUAUAACGUCAAGUCCCUGUUCACCGACGAUGACAAUCACCAGUGGCUCAAAUGGGACUGGAAUUUCGAGCUCAAGAAGGACUGGUAG